GGUGACUCUGACAGAGACCGAGAAGGAGGAAAGAGGCUGCAGUUGUCAAACUCGCCAGCGGUAAUGCUGAAACCCAGACUAGUCCGGAUUUGCGGCAGCAAGCCUUCUCGAAAAAACCGGGGGGAAACGGCAACGAAGGCGCUCCACCUCUCAGAUCCUAAAGUUGAAGAUGACCCCACCAGGAGCGAGCCCCUGUGAUGGACCCUUGUGACGCUUCUGGAAUUUGAUGGUCAACUGGACCAUUUCUGUAGAUUAAGUUGAUACGGAUAAGAGAAAGGAACAGGCUUCAAGAUAACGUGGAUAUAAUCUCCUUGCUAGUUCAAAAUCUUAUAAAUAAUAGUCAUCUCGUCAAAGCAUCCGAGUGACCAGUGUCUAGGAAAUCGGCCUGGGCAGCAACUGCACGACUGGAACCGGCACCGACGAAACGUCACCGAGUGGCUUUUUUCCAGCGCCAAGGGGACGGAUUCCCAUGAUUACAUUUCAUGGAUACAAUUACCGUAAAAUCCCCACUACCAUCUCGCAGCAUCGGGCACCGCUCCAGCACCUGGUGGACAAGACGCAAGCCGCCGUGCUCGGCGUCGAAUAAGGGGCAGCUAAAAGUAAUAUCAACCUGUCGUCUCCCAACUUUUUUCGCGCUUCCCUGAAGAAAAAGGAAGAAAGCCUUGUUUUCCCAGACAUACCUAUCUGAGGCUGAGCACCCUGCACACCUGGCGCAGUACCAAAAAACAUUACACUACUUAACCCCUCGCAAAGACCUCCAACUGUAGCGUCCCCACCGUCCAACCCUCAAACCUGACACACCUCAGGAGAACUACCAGCGACGAUCUUGUUUUGCGAAUCGCAAACCACCAUCUCCUUGCAAAGAUGGCCUACAACAGAUCCUACAACCCAGAUGAGCUGCCCAGAUUUGCGGAGCCAGAACAAAAAGGACCAAGGUCGCCCACUGGACAGGCCCCCCCUCCAUCCUCCCGAUACGAGAACAAGCCACCCCCGCCUCGCCCGAUCGAGCACAAAAACUCACACUACGACCGCUACGACCAGACCAGCCGGUUGUCCCCACGACACGCCCCGCCUCCGGACCGAUACGGCGGCAUGAGCCCCCCUCCGACAGCUACCCAGGGACGCCCGGUUCAGCAGACCCGUCCGCCUGCCAGCUCCCGCCCACCCCCGAGUCCCGCCCCGCGCGAUAGCGCCGCUGACCCAACCUUGCUCCCUCUCUUCCGGGCCGUGGACAAGGAUGGCACCGGUCAACUCUCGGAAAAGGAGCUCUCGGCCGCCCUCGUCAACGGCGACUGGACCGCCUUCGAUCCACAAACCGUCCGCAUGAUGAUCCGCAUGUUCGACUCUGACCGGUCAGGCACCAUCGGAUUUGAGGAGUUUUGCGGGCUGUGGUCCUUCCUUGCCUCGUGGCGCACGCUUUUUGACCGGUUCGACACGGACCGGUCGGGGAACAUUUCCCUGGAGGAGUUCAAGGGCGCACUGGUGGCGUUUAGGUACCGCCUCAGCGACCAGUUCAUCAAGGUUCUGUUCAAGACGUAUGACAAGAGGGGGGAGGGAGUGAUGAGCUUUGACUUAUUUGUGCAGGCUUGUAUUAGCCUGAAGAGGAUGACGGAUGUGUUUAAGAAGUAUGAUGAGGAUCGGGAUGGGUAUAUCACGUUGAGCUUUGAGGAUUUUUUGACGGAGAUAUUGAGGCAGUUGAGGUAGAUGAUAUGAUGGGGGUGAUGGGACAUAGGGAGAUAGGGAUUUUUAAUCUGUGUGUCUAGUUUUGAGGCAUGGCGUGUUGUUGCUCCAUUUUUGGGCCUUUUUUUUUAUAUAAAAAAAAAACCGACGGUUUUUCCACAGAUUAUUUUAUUCAACAAUGGGCAAAGGUGGUUGAUCAUA